CAGCAACGUGAUUCCAUAAUCAUAAAUCAUAUCAUAUUAUGCCCCACUUCCAGGCCAAAGCCAAACGCUCCCUUCCCAAUUUCUAGUAUCCAGAUUCUCAGACACCAUGCGCUGGCACUGACUGUGUUUUUGUUUCUGCAAGUGUUUUCGCCAAAACAAUAUGACAAAACUCACGCACCUAAUUGGGAUAAUCAAGGAUAAAGCGUCGCAGAGCAAGGCGGCGCUACUCUCCAAACGCACCACGCUCUCCUUGCUACGCGCCACCAGCCACGACUGUUCCACGCCGCCCACGACCAAGCAUCUGGCCAUGCUCCUCUCAUCGGGAGACGGGCCACGCGCCACAGCCUCUGCCGCGGUGGAGGUUCUCAUGGACCGGCUGCAGGGAACGAACAACGCCGCCGUGGCACUCAAGUGCCUGAUCGCCGUCCACUACAUCAUCCGACACGGCAGCUUUAUCCUCCAGGAUCAACUCUCGGUCUACCCCAACUCCGGCGGCAGAAACUACCUCAACCUCUCCCACUUCCGACACACGACCGACCCCACCACGUGGCAGCUCUCCUCCUGGGUCCGGUGGUUCGCACAGCACAUCGAGCAGCUUCUCUGCGCCUCCCGCGUCCUGGGAUUCUUCCUCGGAACCGCCAGCGACAAAGAGAACAGAGAAGACAGAGCGUCGGGUCUCUCCAACGCCGAUUUGUUGAGCGAGUUGGACUCUCUGGUGGCUAUGGUGGAAGGGCUUUGCAAGAGGCCCGAGCCUAACGGAAACCUCUUGGUGGAGGAGAUUGUGAAGCUGGCGCGUGGGGAUUGGGGCGUGGUGCAGGCUGAGGUGCGCGUGAGGUUGAACGAGUUUAAGGAGAGGUUCGGGGGGUUUAAGUUUGGGGAAGCGGUUGAGUUAGUUUGCUGUUUGAAGAGGUUGGAACAAUGCGAAGAAAAGAUGUUGGCUACGAUGGAUGAGGCAAGAGAAUUGAAAUUGUGGGAUAUGGUGACCCUAGUGAAGGAUAUGGCUGAGAUUGAGCUCUACAGAGAAGAGAGUAAGUUGCGGAGAGACACCCCAAAAGUAAGGGUCAGUGAGUCCGAUCGGUUUUCGGGUCGGGUUCUCAAUAACCGUCACCUUCUGUCGUUUCCCUCCGGCAGAUUGUUGUAACAUUUUUUACGUUAAUGUAGAUAAGGAAAAUAAGAUUUUAAGACCAUUUUUUGACACCAUUUUGAUAUUGUACAUGUGUCAAAAUGUGGUUAGACGAUUUUAAAUUAAAAAAUAAAUUUUGGUUUUUCUCUUUCAAAUAUAUUCCUGCCUCAACUUUUUUAAUUUGAAAUCGUCCAAUCACAUCUUGACAUGUGUACAGUGUCAAAAAAUGGUGUUAAAAUAUCAUUAUACUGUGGAUAAAUACCACAACAAAGAAACCAUUUUUUUUUUCUUUUUCUUUAUUUAUUACCACUGUCUCUUGUUAUUAUAUCAUUAUUUU